CGGGGAGUUCUGGGGGGUCCCGAGGGGUCGCGGGGGGGUUCGGGGGGUGCCGUGACCGCGAUGCUGCUGACGGUGAAGGCGCUGCAGGGCCGCGAGUGCAGCCUGCAGGUGUCCCCCGAGGAGCGCGUGGGGGCUCUCAAGGCGCUCGUGGCCGAGCGGCUCCAGGUGCCCGUGGAGCAGCAGCGGCUCCUGUACCGGGGCAAGGCGCUGGCAGACGAGCGCCGUCUCUCCGAUUAUUCCAUCGGGCCCUCGGCGCGGCUCAACCUGGUGCUGAAGCCGCCGGCGGGGGGGGGAGGGGCGCGGGCCGGGGGUGGGGGAGGGGCCGCGACCCCCCCCGAGGAUUUGGGGGAGCCCCCCCCGCCCCCCCCCGCCGUCUUUGGCCCCGGCCUGGCGCAGAUUUUGGGGAGACAUUUCGGGAGCCAGGAGGGGCCGAGGGUCCUGCAGCAGCUGCUCAAGGACUAUGACCGCUCUCUCCGGGGGCUCAGCCUGGACGAUCUCGAGCGUUUGGGGGCGCGGCUGCUGCAGGAGGGGGGGGGAGGGGCAGGAGGAGCCCCCCCCGAGCCCCGAGGGCACUGGGCGGUCACUGGGAGCACUGGGAGGUCACUGGGAUCACUGGGAGCCGCUGGGGGGCGCUGUGAGGUUAUUGGGAGCACUGGGCGGUCACUGGUGUGUCACUGGGAUCAUUGGGAGCCGCUGGGGGGCGCUGUUCCCCGCCGCAGGGGCCGCCGGGAGUUGCAGUCCCGGCAGCACUUCCGGCUGUGA